UCUCGUCCCUGGAAAGCAAAAACACAAUCUCCGGAUUCUCCUUCUCCCUUCUCUUCUGUGAUCGACGAGUCGCGAUCACUUUGACUCAGUGCCGCCGAGUCACUUCUCCCGCGAUGACUCGGCGCUGUUCCCACUGCAGCAACAACGGCCACAACUCCCGCACGUGCCCCUCGCGUGGCGGAGGUGGCGGCUCCUCCUCCUGCUCUUCUGGAGCGGGCGGCGGCGUGAAGCUCUUCGGCGUUAGGCUGACGGAUGGCUCCUUCAUUAAGAAGAGCGCUAGCAUGGGCAAUUUGUCCACUAUGGCCUCGCACUACCAAUCCUCGUCUCCCAACCCGGACUCUCCUCCCGGCUACGACCCGCCGCUCCACGACCCGGUUCAUGUCCGCGAAGGUUACUUGUCGGACGACCCGGCCCAUGCCUCCUCCUCCACCAAUCGCCGUGGAGAUCGUAAAAAAGGAGUUCCAUGGACAGAAGAGGAGCAUCGAAUGUUCUUAAUUGGUCUUCAAAAAUUGGGGAAAGGAGACUGGCGCGGGAUAGCGCGAAAUUAUGUAACGACUAGGACUCCUACUCAGGUGGCAAGCCAUGCCCAGAAGUAUUUUAUCCGGCAGAGUAAUUCUACCAGAAGAAAGAGACGGUCCAGUCUCUUUGACAUGGCCCCUGACAUGGCCAUGGAUCCACCUCACAUGCCAGAAGAACAAGCUUUGCUGCCUUCUUGUCAGGAGGAAAGAGAAUCUGAAGAUUCAAAACCUUCAUUAAAUCUUUCCCUUGGUUCAGAAUGCAGCAGACCUAUGGAAAGCACACAAGAAGAAAAAGUGAUUAUAGAACCCGAUAAUCAGCCGGUAAUGGGAUUGAAUGGGUACCUGAAUGGUUACCCGCCAGUUUUUCCCGGCUUCAUCCCAGCGUAUUUGCCUUAUCCUUAUCCUGUAUGGCCAAGUGCAGGUCCUCUGAUAAUAGAAAACGGAGGCGAGGCUUCUCAUUUUCCGCAGGUCUUAAAGCCAGUUCCUAUGCUUCCCAAGGAACCUGUCAACGUUGAUGCUCUAGUAGGUAUGUCUCAGCUCAGUCUAGUAGAGGCCGAGAGUCUCCAAAGCAAUCCUUCCCCUCUCUCUCUGACAUCAUUAGGAGAGCCGUCAAGGCAGUCGGCAUUUCACCCAAAUGCUCCGGCCAGUGAACCAGACUUAAGCAAGGGCAAGACCAGUGCCAUCCAAGCAGUCUGAAUCUGAACUAGGGGAAAUGAAGCAGCAUCUCUCUUUUUGUACAAUCAUAUGGGUUCUCUAAGGCAUGUUGUUCUAUUAUUAUUUUUUCAUGGUCCCAAAUAUUUAUAAAUAACAUAGGGUAGGUAUUUUUCUAACUGUAAACAACUAGAAGUUAUUGUUAUCGAAUCAACUUGGUAGUAAAGUGCA